AUGGGAGGCAAGAAAGCAGCAGGUGAAAACUCCAAGAAGGCCGCCGGAAACGCUCGUAAAGCCGACGCGGCCGCAUCCAAGAAGGCCGCCGAGGACCAGAAGAAGUCCGCGGAAGAAGACAAGCAAUGGUCUAAGGGAUCUAAGAGCAACGCCAAGAAGGAAGAUGCUGAGGCUAAGAAGGCUGACGCAGCUCGCAAGAAGGCCGAGCGCGAUGCUCUGCUAGCCGAAGAGGAGGCCUCUCAGCCAUCCAAGGCCAAAGGCGCCAACGCGAAGAGCGCACAAAAGAAGACUCGCGGCCUCGACCUUUCACAGCUGGAUGGUGACGCCCCCGCCAAGAAGGGAUCAUCUCUCAACGCUACUGGUAUCGACAACGCGCUGGACGCUCUCUCCCUAGCCUCGAAGGAUACCUCGAAGAUCGACCGUCACCCCGAGCGACGAUUCAAGGCUGCCUAUGCCGCCUUCGAGGAACGACGUCUGCCCGAGAUCGAAGAAGAGAACCCUGGCCUGCGCCGAAACCAGCGUAUGGAUCUCUGCAGGAAGGAGUUCGAGAAGAGCGAGGAGAACCCCUUCAACCAAGUGCAUGCCGCCGUCAAUGCUUCCAAGGAGGAAGUGGCUCAGCUGCGGGAGAACGAGCGCGCCAAGCUCGAGGGUCGCCUGGGCAGCAAAUAA